UUUGUUUUCCAUCAAAGGGGGCACUUGCUGCAAAGAGUAUAUCCAGCGUUUAACACACAGAGUAAAACUACAUGCGAAUCAAGUUUUCGGAGGCAUGAGCAACAGUACCGUCGAUGAACUUGAGAAAUAUCUCGCUGAUCUUCCUCGCCUUAAUUCCUGCAGCGCAUCAAGAUCAGUCCCUCGCUCAUCUGGUCGUCCCACUUCGCUGAGGAGUACAACCGGACUCAGGGGCCCUCGCUUGCCACAAACGAUUACUGCUAGCAAUACGCACGCUGACAAAGAAAUCCCAGUACGCCAUUCUUCAGAAACGCCACCCACAGCGCCUGUUCAGUCUUCGCCUGUCAAAACAACCGAGAAAAAACCGAUCAAUACCACAGAUACAACUUUGCAAAACAAAGCGUUGCCCAAAUUACCCAAAGAAGUCGCGGAUACCCAUGAUGAAAUUCCCAAAAAAAUACCACCAACGACACCUGUGCCAGCUCCCAAAAAGCAUUCACCUCCUCCAGCCUUACCAGCUACAUCAUCAUCGCCUUGUGAAAGCCCUUUGGUAUAUCCGUUUAUGAGGACAGCAUGCGCUGGCUGCGACAAGCCUAUCAGCGGUAUGGCCAUUACAGCAGCAGGUUCAAAAUGGCAUGCGGACUGCUUUAAAUGUCGGCAUUGUGGACAAGAUUUGGAACAUAUCGCGUUUUAUGAAAAAGACGGUCAGCCAUACUGCGCUUUGGAUUACCAUGAGCUAUUUAGCACUCGAUGCGAUUAUUGCAAUACACCCAUUGAAGAGAAAUCGAUCAGUGCGUUAGGAAAGCACUAUCAUGUGGGGCAUUUUUUCUGCCGUGAAUGCGGCAAACCGUUUGACGAAUCCAGUGCUUACAUGGUACAUGAAGGUCACCCUUACUGUGAAAAAGACUACCUCAACAAAUACGGACACAAAUGCAUGGGAUGUGGCGAGUAUAUCAUGGGCGAGUUUUUAGGUGCAUUGGAUGGCGAUUGGCAUAAAGAAUGCUUUGUUUGCGCGAGUUGCGGCAAAGCAUUUACCUCUGCGACGUUUUAUGUUCGUAACAACAAGCCAUUCUGUGAAGAACAUUUUCAGCAAGUUUCCAAAUCCGAGGCAGUGAAAACUUGUCACGGCUGCGGAGAACUCAUUGAUGGACGUGAAGUCACCGCUUUCGGCAAGCAUUAUCAUCUGAACCAUUUUCAAUGUGCACUAUGUAGCAAAUUAUUAUCACCAAAAAUAUCAGCCAUGUGGAAGCAGUCUUCUUCGGGAGAGCUCAUCUGCAAUAUGUGUUGCCGUAAAAUAUCUGGCAAAUAGAAUAGUUAGGCUAGUUCAAGAUCUCAUUUACAUCAAACAUCAUACAUACGCAGCUGUUGUAUACUAGCUGAGUCAUUAAUCAAAUGGUCAGAAAAAGGCACAUGAAAUCGAAUUAUCGCAUACCUUGCAAUCACUGUAGCAGGAUAUGAUGAUACAACUUGCCUCAAAAAUAUCGUGUAAAGAUCCUGCGAUACACCAACAUCAUACAUGGUUUCUCCAACAUGGAAACCAUUCAAACUAUUUUUCGAAUUUCAUGUCUUGGUUUCGUCUCCUCGCAAUCAAAGUCGCCAAGUCUCAGGUCUUCUAUUUUUACAAGAAAAAAAAAUAAUGCUACU